CAUUUCUCUGUUUUUUGUUAUUGCAUUAUUUGUUCUGCCAUUGUAAUAGUGCUUUACUUGCCACUAAUAUUGAUUGGAAAAAGUUUGUUCAUCUUUCAUUUUUCUAGCCCCAUCAAACCCACUUUUCUUUUUCUUUCCAUAGAAACAAACAGAAACGGUCCCUUGCCUUAUCUUGACUUACUGUUCAAUGGAGACUUGUGUUGUAGAUUAUAGUGUCAUUUCACCAUUAAGAUGGCCUACCUCUUUAGUUUUUAAGUGGAGAAAUGAUAUGAAGCCUCUCGAGAAAGCUUCCUCUUUGGUUGCUUGGCCAAUGGCCACUAUUUGUCUUGGAAUUGAUGGAAAAAGUUUCACUCAUUGCUUAAAAUAUAGCUUGUUUGCUUUCUUUACUUUCUUUUAUUUGCUCAAAUACGUGAAGGGGAAAGCAAUAUCUGAGUUUUGAAAGAAAUGGGAAGAUAUUAAUACAUUUUGUUCACUUUUUCUUCCUUUCUUCUCGCUGCUACUGUUGUGUACUUGGAACUAUUUGUCCUCAUGUAUAAGUUUAUUUUAACUGGACAGGGUUUCUUUUUCCCCUAAAUAAAUCUUCGUUCUGAUGUAUUUUUAAUUAUAGUUUUCAUUUUGUUUUACUUACUGGUGGAAUGUUUUUUAAUGCGGAAAUAGUUUAGACCAAGAUAAAGAUUGUUUUUUGUUCUCUUCUGAUAUUUAGGAAGACAAUCUGUUUUGUGCUUUUCUUUGUAAAGUAGUUCCAUUUUGGGUUCUCCCUUUUUUAUCAUUGAGAACCAUAGUUAAUCAUUCACCAUGGCAAUAGGCUCAUCAACAAGACUAGUAUCACGGGAGAAAAACACCGAUCGGCAUGGAGCAGAGGAAGCUGUUCAUGGACCACAUGUCCUUGAGUUAUUUUCAUUUGAGAAUUUCUCACUUCUUUCUCUAAUUCAAACCCGGGCAUGAGAUUUUCCUUCCUAUUAAUCUGGAAAUUCGUCGCAGAUAAAUGCCAAGGAUAUUCAGCAUUCAUCUCCUUUGCUAAAGUUUUGCAACGUUAUGAAUCUUAUAUUCCCAAAGUCGUGACAUUGAUUUUCAUCGGGAUCGUCAAUGAUUUGCAUCCAAAAUGCUGAACGAUUCCAUUAUUAAUAAGCAGCUUAACUGCAUGUAGUGUAGGGUUUGGAGACAUCAAGUGCUUUCAAUACUAUGUGCUUUUGUUUUGAUCGUUAUGUUGACUAAUGGAAUUGCUAUCACGUCCUAGAUGGAGAUUAUAUGAGAAUUGUGUGGUCAAAAGUAAAAAAAAAAAUCGUUCCUUUUCUUUUCAAGCUUUAGCCUAAGCCUUUACUUUAUGAGGAUACCUUUCUUUGGCUUUAUCAUUACCAAUUAUCACCAUAAAAAAUGAAACAUCGUGCUGCAUUAUAUUUCGAUCUAUAUGAUGACGAUGGACUAAUUGUUGGAUUAUGUACUCUUGACUCUUGAGCUUUCGUGAAAAAAAUUUCAGGGCAAUAGAUUAUGAUACAAACAAGAGGUUUCUAUAGAACAAACACAUAGGGACUUCUGCAAUGGGAACAAAGCAUAUGCAAUCUAAUUCUAGCAUGGUUGGAAGAGUCUCAAAAAGCCACAAAAUGCAGUGCAAAACAGUUGAUACACCUAGCAAAGACCUUCAACAGCCAUCUCCUAAAGUUUUGGUGAAUGCAUCAUCAAAGAAGCUAGAUUCAACAGCUUCAACAAGAGUAGCUUGCUGCAGAAAUCAAAGAUUUUGUACUUGUAAAAGUUGUAUGGAGUACAGCCGACAUAAUGAGAUCAGCCUAAAAUUGGUUCAGAAGAAUGAAGCCUCUGAGCCAUUUUCAAGUAAAAAAUUUGUUGGUGUGGCUGAUAAACAGUGUAAACAAUUGUUAGAUGCAUUGGGAAUUUUCAAUUCGAAUAAGGAAUUGUUUGUAAAUCUACUACAAGACCCAAAUUCUCUGUUAAUUAAACGUAUUGAAGGCUCUACUGAUUCGAGGAACAGAAAACAGCAGAUGAUGACUUUCUUUGAUAGCAGGUUGUCUGAAAACAAGAUAAGAGAAGUGGGGGAAUAUGAGGAGCCUAAGUACUGUCAAAACUUGAAGCCCUGUGAUAGAUUACCUGCUGAGGAUAGUGAUGACUCUCUAUCUUUGGAAAGAAUAGUUGUAUUAAAGCCAAAUUCAACUAGCUCACUACAGGCGGCUGUGGGAACCAAUUAUUGCUCCUCUCUGAAAUCUCAUUCUAGUGGCAUAAAGAAUGGGCAGAGUGACAAGGGAACUCUUUUUUCUUUUAGACAAAUAAAAAGGAAGAUGAAGCAAGCAAUGAGGGUAGGGAGAAAAGAAGGUGAAUGCCUAUCGACUAAUGGUAUACCUAAAGAAACGCCAGUGAUCUGUAGAGUCCCAAAAGAUGAUGGUAAACAGACGUUUAUAGAGGCAACUGGAAGAAGUUCCUAUAGUAAUAUUCAAACAGAUGAUAAAGGAAUUUCUAGUUCGUUUCAAGAUUCCCUAGGAAGAGAUCAAGAAGACAAGGCAUUUUACUCUAGAAAUGGGGACAAGACGGCUUCUACCAGUGAAAGUACCUACAAAAAAAUUGUCCAGUCAGCUGUGCCAAGUAAUCUCAAACGGCAGAAGUCUAAGAAGCACGAAGGAGAUAAAGAGGUUUCAAGAAAAACGAAAGCAAAACCAUGGGGGUGGGUGAUGUGCUUUUCUGAUGAUGACAUAUUGCCAUCAAAUAAACCUGGAUGCGAUACUGCAGGCCGUAUGAGAUAUUCCCACCUUGGCAAUAAGAAGUUUAUUCACGAGAAGAAGACAAAACCUCAGAAUGAUGAGGAACGAUGUUGCAAGACUCCAGAAAUGGUUAAAGUAGGAGCUUCUUUUGCAGAGGCGGGGAGGGAGGAUGAUCAAUUGCAUGCCUCGACUACAGAGUUGAAUGUAUCUCCCGUCAUUUUUCCUGAAGUGGAUCAAGAUCCAAUGAUUGAAGGGUCUGUGAAGCUCGUAAAAGACGUUGCCACUGUACAACAGGAAAGAAGCAAUUUUUGUGAAGCAUCAUCUAGAUUUGAUGACAGUUUCAAUACUAGUUGUUGUCAGAGUACAAACAAGUUCAAGGGCUUUGGAGAGAAAGGAAAUCCGGAGCUCUCUAAACUGAAUUUGCCUUUGGAGGUUCAACCAUCACCUUUUUCAGUAGAUACAUUUUCUUCCAGCUCAUUACAAUUUCAGACAGUGGAAGAUCCUAAUGGUUUUUGUGAUAGAGUAGUUCAACCUCUUCCAGAACCUAUACAUGACCAACUUAUGGUAGAUGCAACCUCUAGUAAUCUGGCUAUCACCCCUGGAACAGUGGAGCCAUCUAGUGGAGCACUCCCCAUUAAUUUUGAAGAGGACCAGUGUUCUGGUUUGGCAAGGUUGCAAGAGGUUCUUGAUCCUGCCAUUGCGUCCUUUCACUGUUGUGGCUCUACCUCUCAGUGUAUACUUGAGCUGCUGCAAGUCUCAAAACAGAAUUGGAACGAAUUGUCAAUGGAUUGUCAUUCUUCAACUUGGCUGCAGAUAUCAUUUGUUGACAAAGUGAAGAUGUUUAGUAGCCAGUUAUGUGGUGAUUGUGUGCUUCUUUUCGACUAUUUUAAUGAAGUCCUUGAGGAUGUUUUCCACUGUUAUGUUAGAUGCUCCUCAUGGUUAUCAUCUUAUAAGCCACACAUUCAAGCACCUCAUAAGGAAAGCGCUUUUUAUCACGAGGUUAUGCAGCAUAUGGAUUGGUCGCUUUUGCAGCAGCAGCCACCACAAACACUGGACCACCUUUGUUUAAGAGACUUGAAAUCUAGAACAUGGAUCGACUAUCCAACUGAAACUGAAGAGGUUGUUACGAUUAUAGCGGAAUCUGUUUUAAGAGAAUUAAUCAUUGAAAGUGUUGUUUACCUUGGUUUGUGAAACUUUCUUUUUCCACUACAUAUCUUUGUGUGUAAAUUCUGGAUUAAACAUGUGAUAUCUAACAUCAUGACCAGAAUUCUACUGUAGAGCCAUGUUGUCUAUUUGAAUAGAAUCUUAAGCAGGCUUUUCACUUGCUUUUAGGACAGGAAACUGUGUAAUGCUUUGGCCUGAUUCUGUCAUGCAUUUUAUUUGUAUAGUUCAGUCUCAAUUUAUUUCUAUUUAUCUAUAGAACUGACACAUUAUUCUGA